AUGGAUAACAACAAUCUGUUUACACCUUUGACAAUAGGCAAUAUAGUGGUGAGCCAUCGCAUAGGGAUGGCUCCUCUGACUCGCCUCCGUGCUGCAGACGACCGUGUUCCUUCGCUGCUCAUGGCCGAAUAUUACAGCCAGCGGGCGGCUGUGCCAGGCACUCUAAUCAUCAGCGAGGGCACAAUAAUAUCACCCGAAUCUGGUGGUGGAUUUCCAAAUGCACCUGGCAUAUAUAGCGAAGAGCAAAUCACAGCCUGGCGAUCAGUCACUGAUAAAGUCCAUGACAAAGGAAGCUUCAUCUUCUGCCAGAUCUUUGCCUUUGGGCGUGCCGCAGAUAAAGAGACGGCUAGAAAGGACGGAGCCGACAUUGUCGGCCCUAGUCCUAUUCCUAUCGAUGAGACUGCACCAGUACCACGCUCUAUGGCACUCGAGGAGAUUGGAAAAACCGUCCAAGAUUUUGCAACAGCUGCAAAAAACGCUAUACUUGCAGGCUUUGACGGUGUCGAAGUUCAUGGUGCAAACGGCUACCUGAUUGAUCAAUUCAGUCAGGACAAUAGCAAUCAGCGUCAAGAUGAGUACGGUGGGAGCGUCGAGAAUAGAUCACGCUUCAUAGACGAAGUCAUGAAAGCUGUCGCCGCCGCUAUAGGACCAGAACGGGUCGGGCUUCGUCUUAGCCCAUGGAGUUCAUUUCAGGGCAUGAAAAUGGCAGAUCCGAUUCCGCAGUUUUCAGACAUCAUUCGCAAGGCUAGUAAGCUGAACUUGGCUUAUCUUCACCUGGUAGAGUCUCGGAUAUCUGGCGCUGGGGACUGCGAAGGCAGCGAAACACUGGAAUUUGCCUAUGAACUCUGGGACAAACCGCUUCUGAUUGCUGGUGGUUACAAGGUGGAGGAUGCCCAGCAACUAGUCAACAAAUACCCUUCCAAGGAUAUUGUUGUCAUGUACGGAAGAUACUUUAUUGCAAACCCGGACCUGGUGUAUAAGAUCAAGGAGGGGCUGCAACUUACUCACUACAAACGCGAGAGUUUCUAUACAGCAUAUGCGGCAUCAGGGUACAUUGACUAUCCUUUCAGCGCUCAGUUCUUGGAAAGCCAGAAAGUCGCGACCUAG